UCUGUUUGUUCUCGAUCACGUCACAGACGCAUUCUCCAAUCGGCUUUCCAGGAACCGCCUGCUCAUUAUUUCAAACAUUGCACUGUGGCUCGCGGAGACAGUUAACACAGUUGCAGGGGAAACAUGUUUUAAACUAAGGGAAAAAAAUCGACGGAUUAAAAAGAUAAGCGUUUGUUUAUAUAAUUAUAUAAGAAUGAGUUUUCCGGAAUCUCGCAUCGUUACACCGGGUCCAUACAGGGCUACUAAAUUGUGGAAUGAAGUUACAAAACUGUUCAGGGCUGGGAUGCCAUUAAAAAAACACAGACAGCACUUCCGAGUUUAUGGCAGCUGUUUUACUGCAGUGUCUGCUGUGGACUGGUUACAUGAACUUCUGAAAAACAACAGUAAUUUUGGUCCAGAAGUUACCAGACAACAAACAGUGCAGCUGCUGAGAAAGUUCCUGAAGAACCACGUGAUUGAAGAUGUGAAGGGGAGGUGGGGCUCAGAAACCCUGGAGGAUAAUAGUCAGCUCUAUCGGUUUCCUCCAACAUCGCCCUUGAAGGCAAUUCAAAAUUGCCCCCUGCGUGCAAGAAAGAGCAGUGCAAAUGGUUUAAUAAAGGAUAAAGAUGGCUUUUUUAAAUUCCCUUACCUGAACAGAAGAAGCUCAAAGAAAUACGAGGACGAGGAACUCCGGGAAAAUACAGAGCCAGUAAGUAAAGCAGAGCCAAUGGAAGUCCCUGAAAAUGUGCCACAAGUGCACCGAAGAGAAAUUACACAAGAGGAUAUAGAUGAUGUUUGGAGAAAUAUUACUCUAAUACAUUUGCAGAAAACGUUGGGUCUAACCUCACUGGAAGAGGUCCUGGACCCAGCACAAGUUAACCCUCAUCACAUUGUGUACAACAUGACUAACGUCAACAAGCAUGGUGUUGUGACGUUACAGGACAAAUUGGGGGACCUCCCUCACUGGGUAUUAUCUGCUAUGAAGUGUUUAGCAAACUGGCCAAAGUACGAUACAAAGCAGCCAUCUUAUCCUGGCUUUGAAAGGGAUGUUUUCAAAACCGUUUCAGAUUAUUUUCUGAAUCUUCCUCAACCGCUGCUGGCAUUUGAAUUCUAUGAACUGUUUGUGAAUGUCUUGGUUUUGUGCGGCUACAUCGUGGUCCCAAAAACAAGACAAGGAAAACGUAAAAACGAGGAUGAUCCCUGCUGUCCUCGGCCAUCAAAAACACAGAACUUAAGCAAUGUUAUCCCCUUCAAAUCAACUGAAUGUUUAUUACUGAGUUUAGUCUGUAAAGAUGCUUUAGAGGGCAAUCAGUCCCCACAGCACGAUGAAGUGUUUUCUGAUGAGACAGGAACAAGGGAACGGAUGCUGCAGAAGGGCUGUGCAAGGAGAAUACAGCAGAACAAUGUAGCUAGCAGACGAGCCAGUGAUGCAAUGGGAGGUAGCUGUCAAAAUCUCUCCACCUUUCCCAUGCCAGCUAGAUUUAGGAAAAGGUGCUAUUCUCUGGAAGGCAUCAUGGAUGUUUCAGUUGAAGGUCCUUCCAGAGACAAUUCACAGUAUCUCCUAUUCCAGUCUGAAGACAACUUGGCCAGCACGAAGCCUAACGCAGAUUCUAUGAUUGACAGUUCUUCUGAUGCUGUCUCCACUGUGUCCUCUAUUUCUUCAUGUACUAGUGAUGGAUGCCAUAAAGAUGAUUUACCAUGCAGCGGUCAAUCAAUCACUCCUUGCAUGCUGUCUCAGGGAUUUCGAUCUGUAACACGACCACUAAUAAGCAGAUCAGCCAGCAUUGGCAAUUAUCUCGAUAUUGGCCAACAUAAUGAGAGAACCGGUAGUUGCUUUAGCAUGAAUGCUCCUGUGGCAGAAAUAACCAUGAAACCAGAUUUUUCUUCCAACAUUGAACUGAGGAGACCCAGUUUAACUGCCUCCAGGAAAGAUGGCUGUGCUGGCUCUAAAUAUGCAGCUAUGAACAGGCGAUGUCUAAGCACCGUGGAACUUUCUAGAAACUCUUCUACCGCUGCAUCAUCCUUGUCCACUUUUGCACGAAGUGUCAAUGCUGAUGAAAGUCUUUUGCAGCCUCAGUUGGAAAGGGUUGCAAUUGAAGCACUGCAACUAUGCACCCUUUUACUACCUCCAGCCAACCGGCGUAAACUCCAGCUGCUGAUGCGGAUGAUAUCUCGAAUGAGCCAGAAUGUAGAUAUGCCACGGCUUCAUGAUGCUAUUGGAACACGAACUUUGAUGGUGCAGACAUUCUCCCGUUGUGUAUUAUGCUGUGAAGUGGAAGUUGACCUUGAUGAACUCUUGGCAACAAGGCUGGUUUCCUUCUUAAUGGAUCACCACCAGGAGAUUCUUCAAGUACCUGUUUACCUGCAGAAUGCAGUUCAGGACCAUAUUGACUACCUCAAGAAAGUUCAGAUUACAUAUCCAGGGACAGGUGUGAGUGCCACCUUGCCAGUGUACUCCUUCUGCAGACAGAUAAGCACUCAGGAAUUUGAGCAACAGAAGUUAUCUGCCUCCCAAGCUGCCAUAGCUGAUCUGCUAGAAAGCCUCCUCAAAGAUAAAAAUCUCUCUGUUAAGGACAAAAAGAAGAAGCUUAAGCAGUUUCAGAAAGAAUAUCCAGAAAUCUACAACAAUCGUUUCCCGACCACAGAAAGUGAAGCCCAACUUUUUGUUGACAAACCAAAGAUCAAGCCUCCAAUGCUGAUAGCUAUGAAGAAGCCCAAAAUACUUGGCAUGCGAAACUGAAGGUGGACUGUUUAAACGAAGAAUCUAUUCCUGAGGAAUAGACCCCUUUACAGUUGAAAAAAAACGAUAUUGUGAUGUACUGUACAGUGGAAAUCCUAGCACAGGUGCAGAUUACUUGAGGAUCAAGACUAGAGGCAAUUUUUGUUUUCCUUAUUUAAUCCAAAUUAUAAUCUUUAAGUUUUUUUUAAUUAUUUUUUUUAAUGUAUUUCAGUCUUUAAAGCAAAGGCUUGCUUGCUUUCUAGAUCUUGUCUAGUAGAAAAUAUUGUGGGUUAUAUAUUGACCAUUGCAGUUAGUUUGAGGGGAGUAAAGCCCCCUAAGUGCAUCAACCAACCAAUUAAUAGCUGAAAGUUAAACAAUUUCCUUUUCUUGUAUAUUGAAUUUGCACUUUGUAUCUGUGUUUUGUACUUGGUUAUAUUUAAAAUGUUCUGAAGUUUUUCUUCGCAUCAUUACUUCAUGCCUGGGGUGUAUAUUUCUGAACUUUAUGCUGUGUAUUCACAUGGAGCCAAACAUUGUAUAGGAUCAUUGUAUAGGAGGUAACGGUCUCCCCGUUAUAAUGCGGUUGUCAGGGUCCAUAAUUAGGAGAUCACUUUAUUUGUUUCACCUUAUAAUGAAUAUUGGCAUUUUUGUUUAUGAAAUGAUUUACAAUGCCCACAAGCCAAAUUAAUAUUGUAGCGUAUGGUGGAAAAUGAAGGAAGGAGACACACACAAUUUGCAUGUACUCGAAUCCAUGGUUUGUUGGGACUAUUAUUCACAGCCUCUGUUUGCCUGGGCCACACCAAAAACAACAAAACAGUCUUGCACUGUCACAGCAGCACAUUCACACAGCAGUCUUGCACUGUCACAGCAGCACAUUCACACAGCAGUCUUGCACUGUCACAGCAGCACAUUCACACAGCAGUCUUGCACUGUCACAGCAGCACAUUCACACAGCAGUCUUGCACUGUCACAGCAGCACAUUCACACAGCAGCUUAUCUCGCUCUUUAGCGCAGUGCAUAUUUUUCCUAGAGCAGCCCUCUUUGGAGUCAAUCUUAUCAAGAAAACCUCUUAGUUUUUCUUUAUCUUUUAGCCAUCCACACAAUGUAGAUUCUGCAACAUUUAUACCUUUUGAAACUGCUCUAUCCACCGCACCGAGUUUCGUUUUAACAGAUUUUUGUUUUUUUGCUGUCUGCCAUGCUUCGCACUGUAUAUCUGGAACGUUCACCCAACGUUUGCAAGUCAAAUUGCAUUAUAGGGGAAAUGGGAGCCACAACCUUACCACGUUAUAACUGAUUCCACACUAUAUAUUCUAAUAACACAAUAUGUGUAAAUAAGUAUGUUGCAGAUUUGUGCGAAAGCAAAACAAAGUGAAUAUACACAUUACACAAAGUAGACCAAAACUUGUUUAACAUGUUUGACAGACUGACCAUUUAAUGUUUUGCACUAUUGCCUGUAUUUGUAUAUAAAAUGUUAAAUAAUUUAAAGUACCUCAGACAUACUUGUUUACAGUUUUUGACCCUGCUUGUCACUAUGUUUGUGUUUACAGCCACAUCUGUACAAAAAACAAAUCUUUAGUUUGGGAUCCAAAUUAAAUAUAUAUUUCAAUAAACUAGUGUCAGCUUUUUCUGUAAGCAGCUACAUCG